GCCACUGCGAGAGCGAGCGAGAAAAGAAUAAAGGGUUGGCCGUUGCAGCAGUAGGGAGAGUUCUCGAGUGAUCAGUGACUCGCUGGCGAGCAGAGCAGCAUCUAUCAAAACUCUCUGAUCAUUACAGCCCGCAAAAAGCCAAGAGGGGAACACAUCAUCGACAACAGCAGCGGCUGCAGUAGCGUCGUAGAAUGGUGGCGAGCAACAACGGUAGCCUCGCUUACGAGGACAUGGGACAAGCGUCGAGGGGCAGCUGACCCCAACCACCACGCAGUCUACUCAUUGCGCGAGUAGCCAUGCCGCAGAAUCAGGACAGCUUCGGACCGUUUCAUCGACUGCUGCACGACGGUCUUCAACCGGAGAGAGAGCCAGUGGAGUUCGACUGCCGUCACCUGCGCGGCGCGCCAAGCGAGGUCGAGGCUCUGGUGCACAGCAUCAAGGAGGUCGCGCAGCAAUUCCUCUACCACUGGAAGACCUUCCCGAUCGUCCUGCCGCCGGGGCUGUCGAGCGCGCCACCCGGCAGCGAGGACAGCCUGGCGCGCAAGAAGCACCAGCAGUUCCAUCUGCGCGACAUGUUCGUAGCGCCUAGCUUCGACGAGCUCGACGCCGUGGCCGUCGAUGCCAAGGGGGAGCCGCGAAGACUGACGAGCAAGCAGCUCGAGAGCAUUCGCGAGAGAGGCUUGCACAAGGAUGAGUACGGAAAGCCGAAGAAGCUCAAUGACACUCAGUUGGAGAGCAUUCGCAGAUGCGGAGAAUUCGAAGUGGACUCGAUAAAUUUUGCCGGCCAAGUGCAUCGAUGGCGACUGAGCGGAUUGUUACAACGCGGCAGAGAUCGAAGAAGAGACGCUUUGCUAAGAGAUUUGGCAGUGGCAACGAGAUUUGUCGUUGUAACGGGAAAGAACAGAAUCAUCUCGCAUUGUUUCAGCGUUUCCGAGUCGUUGAAGGCAUUGCUCACCGGACUACUGAGGUUACUCGAUAUUCUCAUCGGAGUGCCAUCGCUACAAGCGCAGAAUUUAGAUGUCAAGAUUCGCGAAGAGCGCUGUCGCUAUCUUGUCGCUGAAUUGGUUUGCAAACCGGAGUACGAAGAUUCGCUAGAAUUGCUAUGCGGAUUCAUUCGUCGUCAACUGCAACGUGCAACAACUGAAAAAUUCGAAGUGGAACGCGAGUCACAAAUGCUUCCAGUACCAGUACCAUUUGUCUUUGGCACGCCUGGCGGUGCAGCUGUUGAUUUGAGAUUAUUCAGUCGAGAUAUCAUCAAGAAAGCGUUGCCUAUUCUCGUGACGAUUCUUGAGAGAGAGACGCGGGGCUGGUUCCUGCAUUUCCGCGAGAAAUUGAUUUCGGAGUUGAGAGCGCUGAAAAAAUCUGACGAGGAGAUCGAAAGGGAAGUGAACGAAGCCGUUAUGCGUGAAUAUCUUCAACGUGUCUACACCUCGAUUCUUUCCCAUCCGGAUUUGGCAACUUUAGGCGAAGGUAUUCCACAGUUACUCGUCCAACAAGCACAAUCGGUUGUUUUGAUGCAUCGAGCAGUGGAGAAUGUCCAACGUAAAUUAGCAAAAACGAAGGAAGCUUUGAAGGAACGCAUCGACCGCGAGCACCCAGUUCUAUCGCGUAUAGGUCCUUGGAUGAGGGACAGAAUGAGAGAAGCUGAGGCGAAGUUUAUCGAGGAGUGCGAGUGGAGUGCACAUGAAGAAGCACUCGCCCUUUGUAACCAACAGAAUCUACAGCAGACUUCGUAUUUUUUGAAUAGAGAUCUGACGUUUAUGAGAGAGCGAGAACCUGUUCUUCUGAAAGAAUUGAGAAAAGUAAAAACCCCAACGAGGAGCUUCCAGUGGCCAACCCAAAUUUGGCUUCCAAGAAAUUGGAUCAUCAGACGUAGUUUCCAAGGCCAGUCAGAAAUUAUUCCAACUGUACUGAGUAAUACUCCAACGUCUAUUACAACCCCGAGAACAGAUCCUAAUCAACCAGUAUUUUUAGUUGAGCGAGAAAUCGUUCAUUCAACAACUACAAGAUGGCCAAUGUGGCGAUGGAUAAAUUAUGUAUCGCGCACCUGGUGCUGGACAUGGAAUGCAAUGUUCCUGUUUGGCGUGGCGAUUCCAUGGUGCAGUCCACUAUCUCUUCGUGCCCUUCUACUCGUUAAUCCAUUCACUCCUGAUUUAGAACUUAGUCAACUCAACGGCACACUCUUUCCACGCAAAUCUUCACAAACGCCAACUUUAUACUCGAGAUUAACUACUCUAUGGAGGCACAUAAGUAAAAGUCGAACACAUUUUGAAACGGAGCCUGAUACUGGGUUUAUAGGGAAAGGCAUGACAAGACACAUCAACAGAUUGUGGAAUUAUGGUGGGAAGGGACUUCUUGGCACACUCGCCAUUCUUUUUGUCUUUCCUGUGGCUUGCCUCAUUAUUAGUUUCGCUUCGUUGUUCGUCGCACUUACUGCAUUUAUGUGGAUGCCAAUGGUAACGUUGGCACUGCACACCUUUAUGGCGCUGGUGAUAGAUUUGGAUAGUCCAGAAAGUUGUCGAAAUCGAUAUUUAGUCGUAAUGGAAACUUUAAUUUGGAAUAUUGGCAUUCAAGGAUGUUUGCAGCCAAUAGCAGCUUUAUUUGUCGCUGGUAUAGUCUGUCCGGUCGUCUCAUUUAUAAUAUUAACAGUUUCUGUGAUACGUUACUGGAUUAGAGUAAUGUGGGAUACUGCCAUGUUUCAUUCGGUCAUUAAAAAUCGCGGUAGAAUACCAGCGAGCGAUAGUUUCAUCGUUAAGCGUAUUGCCGGCCCAGGUUUAGCAUCAGAUUAUUGUUAUCAAAUAAGGCCAGAACAAGCUUUAGCAGCCUUUGAAGCCAAAUUAGAAUUGGAUGAGCUGUUGGCUUACCAGCAAGAAAUGGAGCGACUUAUCACACAACCCCAGAGAGAUUUUACGCAGUUUGUCGAGGCGUGUUUUGGUCCAUUCGCCGCAAGUCUUGAAAAAACUAAAGAGCCCUACAAGAGUCUUGAAAAAGAGGCUAGAGACUUGGUUGCCGCGCUUCAUGAGAAAUUAGAUAGACGUAGAAAGGAUUUGCAGACAGGGCUUGGUGUAGCUGUUAGAAGUAAAAUCAAACUGUCUACCAAUGAUCUAAAGAUUGUUAUCCAACAAGGCGCACUGAUGCUCGAACGACAUUAUCCAACGCACGUGUUUGCCCGAAUGACAUCACAAGAAGAUGACUUUUGGGAAAAUAAAGGUCUUGGUGUAAACGAUUGGGCAGGUUUGGCUGGGCUGAUGUACGCCGAUAUUUUUAGUUUGGACUUCCUGCAGUCACUGGAUGAAGCCGACACGAAAUUCAAACUCGAGCCACAUUCAGCUGUCGAUCUUACUAGAUACACAGAUAUGGUUCAUAAUACGGAGUUGGGUGGUGGUGUUAAUGGACCAGAUUUACUGGGAGCGGUUUACGCGCCGAGAGGUAAUAUUCAAGUUCACAGUCCAUAUUUAGCGGUGUCAGCGUUCAAUCCAAGAGUUAGGCCACCUAAUAAUAGUAGAAAGACUGAUAAAAGAAAUGAUACAAUAGGACUGCUAACAUCAACACGCAUACGUCGUCGUACGAUGACCAAUAACGGAACGGGCGAAAGUCGCUGGCAGCCAUGGAAGCGUCAGAUGCGCCCUUAUAGCGCGGAAAAGCUUUCGAUUCCAUUACCAAUUCCGCAUCCAGCGCACAUUGCGGUCACGAUACACAAUCGUGACACCGAGGAUCCGAUACCAUUGGAUUCGGAAAUCUGCCAAAAUAUAUUGAAAGCCAUAGAGGAGUCGCCCGGUGAGAUGGCUAUGGAGAGCGUCGUUGUGGGUAGAUAUAGGGGUGGAGAUUCCAGUUUCGAUUCUGUUGCUUCGCAGUCCUCUGUUUCCAUCGAUACAGCACUUGAUAAGGUUGAAGAAGGCCGUGGAACUGAAGCAGACGGAGCCGACGACAAAGAUACUGAGACGUAUAACUGGACUCUUUCAAAUUGGGGUGGUGGAAUGGCACGACGAAGAAAUAAUUCCGGUUCGAUAAAAGUCGAUUUAGCAUCACCGGAAGAUGUUACUCUUGACAGUGACAGCACUAGAGUAAUGUUUAGCACUUACGGCACGACGGUCUAAAG